UUCAGUUGGCCAGAAUCCGCGUCGCUGUUAGGACACAAAACUUUAUCCUGCUCUCGUCGGUGAUGCCGCUUAGUCCGUUUCCGUGUUUCUCUUCUCCCAUCGGAUCAGCAUACACGGUGGCAGAACUUUAGCAUGAAAAUUGUCUGGUGAAUGGGAGGACACUUUCAUGAAACUAAAAAUCCCGCGCGCGAAUUGUGGGUUGGAAAAGUUCAUGCGAUAAUUUCACCUUUUAGAAGCACCUCGGAUGCUGGGGAUGAUUGACGAUUGUGUGUGAACCUUUACCCUCUACCCCUUUCUCCGGGGAUGAAGUGUUGUACUGGUUCUCUCUUCGGUGGGAUGUGAAUAACUGAGCAAGUAACGGACGAUGGGCCGUUUUAAUAAAUUAUUAUGUAAUUGGGCGGGCACCGUGGGAAGAGUACGUUUCGGCAUGUGUUCAAUGUUAAUGUAAAAGGUGAUACCGUGAGGAAUUAGAUUACCGGUGGUGCGAUCGAUGCUAAAAAUAGCAGCACACAGCAAAGUUCCAGUGCAAAAGUAAUUGAUGACACAGAACGAACGGUUACCCCUCAACCGACAUCAUCUGUGAGUGCGAAAGGAAAAUCGAUGUCACGGAUGUUGGUCGGAUCCACCCACCCGAUAGACGAGCAGUGCAAUGGUAGCAAAAAAAGAAGACCGCAUCAGCAUAAAGGUGCGUGAAUUUUGAAAAUCAAUAAACUUCGGUCGUGCUGUGCGGUGAUUGUCUGUCAUACUUUUAUUGUGGAAAAGCUGGGUGGGAAGCGCCCUCGUCUGGCAAUAAAAUGGUUGUCAAUAGCAUCCAGUUCUUUGAAUAAAUAACAAAAAGUGCAAGUGAAAAACUCAAAGUGCUUUUUCCAGCAGAGAUUUAUUGUUAGCAACCCCAUCGGUAGCACGCAUAACUUGAAGCAUCCUAGUGAACGAAAAAAAAUAGAUCGUCCUUACCGGAAAGAAAAAAAGUACGUGCUUGUGUUAUUAUUUAUGUGCCGUGGUUGACUCGGCGGCAGAAUCCGACGACGCCAGCCAGUCAGCCAAACCUGGAGUAGAUGGAACAGGGUGGAUAUUUUUUGCUCGACCAGAGCGAAAACAAAAAAAAACAGUGCUAGGAGUAAUCACCAGGAGGAAGUGAUUGUUGAAGAUGAUUGCGCAAGGAUCUGUUGAAACAGUGGCAAGUGAAAACUUUUAAAGAUGAGUUAUGGGCGAGGAAAAUUCAUAUAAGUAAUAACGCCGGACCGGUCGUCGGUGUGGGAAACCAGUGCUCACAAAACAAAUAAAAUUCAGUGUUACUUAGGGGAGAUUGCAUUCCCUGCACAAUGUCCACUUACGAAAUCGGUAGUGAAAAAAUAACUGGUUAUCUGGCGCAGUGAAUGUACAGGAGAGUCAGCUGGCUGUGGCCAAGAAUAUGAAGAAAGCUGUCCUGUGUUUAUAUAUCGAGCCACCUCGGCGUGAAAUUGAUCCCAUAUCCCAGAUGCAAUGGUGCGCGUACGGCGACUGAAACCUCGAACCGGCGGGCUGCAUUCCCGCUAUAAUUAAUUGAAUCCUGGAAAAAAUGCUGAUAUAUGCAGCCGAGUGAUUUCGCACACCAUAAGUGGAUCACCCAGACAUCAUAGUCGAAAUAGCCGGAAUAAUUUAUACCAAAAAAUGAGAUUAACAAUGACACCCAGCAACGAGUGCUGGAAGCAACGCUCUAGCGAAACUUUUACAAUGUCCUAUUUGAUAUAGUGGUGGUGCCGGUGGUGUGAGAGUGAUUAAAAUACGCAUUAAUUAAUCGGUGUACUCUUCGAACAGUCAGCCAGCCAGCAGCCGCGGGCAGGAAUGGAAAUGGUGUUCGAAUAUGUGCUUAUCCGGAAAGAAGUGUGAAAGUUCAUCGGCAUUUUCCCCCGGCGAGUCGUUGAUGCGAGAAAGAAAUGUGAGCGGCUAGCAAGGGUCGCGGUGCGAUGAUGGUGAUGGUGGGGGUGGUGUCGAAAUGGAAAAUUCAGCACAAUCAAUAAUUAAUUAUCGGUUCGGGGUGAUACUGGCAGUAGUAGAAGAAGACGAAGAAGAAAUAGUGGUCGGAGGGUUGGGUCGGUACCGAUCCUUUCCCGAACGCUCCAGCUGCGGCUUGGGACUAAAGUAGUGCAGAAUUUAUCAGGGCUUAAGCCGUAAUUGCCCUGUCACGCAGUUCUCGCAGAAACUUCCCGUGCACAGCAGUGUGUAUCGGAACGGAUAAUGGGUUUUCUGGGGUAAUUUUAAUUUUUCGGACUAUUUAUUGAGAGAAAAAAAUCUUUUUUAUUUCGAUGCGAAUUGUAGCGGGUUGAAAGAUUGAAAAUCAUAUUAUGUGGCAGGGGUGAAAACCAGCUGAAAAAAAUUACGGCAGUUAAUUAAAAUUGGAAAAUUAUAGUGACACCGCGAAAAUUACUGGGAGAGUUCCGACUGUGAUUAAAAAUAAGCAACCGAAUCGCCCCGCCAGCAAUAGGAAAUGCCCCACACGCAACUAUCGUCACAAACAUCACACACCAGUGCAUUCGUUUGGUGGCCGAAUAUGAAAAUUGGAUUUGCACGUGCCGUACCGAUUCGCCGAGUGCAUCGGCAUCCGUGGUGAAAAGAAAGGAAACAUUAUCACAGUAACCAAGUUUUGGGCGACAGUAGUGUCAGUGAAAACCGACCGAGUGACUGGAACCGGUCGUCAUGGUACUGAAGGUGACGGCCACGGUGGUGAUGGUGGUUGUGGUGUUGAUGUUGGAAGCGGCGACGUGUUUCCUGUAGGUGCAGGAUCCGCUUGCAGGGAUACCUACCACGGUACGCACGACUGAGUUUUGUGAAACGGGAAAAAGUGUUUUGUUCGUGGUGGUGGCUGGCGGUGGUGGCUUCUGCUGCUCAGGACAUGGUGACGGUCAACGAUUCUGCCGUUCCCGGGUGGGAUUCGCCGGACUACUUUCGGCUGUUUAGUGAAGGAUUGCCGCCUGCCAAUGACAGCCGCCCGGGACGGUCCUUCUCUGGACCUUCGCCCAACGGUAGCAGCGCCGGUGGUGGCAAUAGCACUGGUAAUAGUGCAGCUGGCAACGGUUCGUCGAUUGCAGCGGUGACGGCGAAUGCUGCCUACCAGCUGUACUAUGGGGACGACCCAGGUCGGAAUGACUCUCGGAUCGGGGAGGGAGGUUCACGGGAAGUAUACCCGGCACCCGGUGGAAGCAAUUUUAUGCUGCUCCUGGAGGAUUUUGGUGAAUAUUUUUACAACUAUAAUGGAAGUGGUCCACCGAAUGAUACACUGCUCGGGACCGGUACCAGCGAAUCGGGAUUCCAGAUCAACUGCACACUCGCGAAUACCACCUGCAUCGCGCCGAGUGACGUGCACUACAACUACUGGGGCCUGAUCCUGGUGCUGUUCCCCAUCCUGACGCUGUUCGGCAAUGUGCUAGUGAUACUGGCGGUGUGUCGCGAACGGACUUUACAAACGGUGACCAACUACUUCAUAGUGUCGCUCGCGUUGGCUGAUCUGCUGGUUGCGGUCGUGGUGAUGCCGUUCGCCGUCUAUGUGCUGGUGAACGGCGCGUGGACGUUGCCAAACUUCGUUUGUGAUUUCUACAUAGCAAUGGAUGUGAUAUGCUCAACUUCGUCUAUAUUUAAUUUAGUUGCAAUAUCAAUAGACAGAUACAUCGCCGUGACGCAGCCGAUCAAGUACGCGAAGCACAAAAACAGCCGGCGGGUGUGUCUGACGAUCCUGCUGGUGUGGGCGAUCUCGGCGGCAAUCGGUUCGCCGAUCGUGCUAGGACUAAACAAUACCCCGGAUCGGGUACCCGAUCUGUGCGUUUUCUACAACAGUGAUUUUAUAGUGUACUCGUCGCUAAGUAGUUUUUAUAUACCGUGUAUCAUAAUGGUGUUUUUAUACUGGAAUAUUUUUAAGGCUCUUCGAACGCGAGCGAAAAAGCAACGCGCAGCGCGCAAGCCCCACAUAUCGGAAAUCACCGCCGGUGGAAGUCUGAUGGAGAACAUUGCUCAAACGAAGAUUGCGGUGGAAACGCAACUGGACGGCAGCACCAAGAGCGGCUCGUGCAAAAUCCUUCCGGACGAGCCGCCAACGAAUACGGCGUCCGGUUCCAACGAGGAAGACGAUGACAAUGCCGGGUCCCCUGACAUUGAUGAUUGUCAUGUGAUUGUGAACGAUAAAUCAACAGAAUUUAUGUUGGCCACGGUCGUGGAAGAAGCCGGAAAGUAUGUGUGUCAUUUCGUGUGUUUUGAUUUGUCACUCUUGCACAUUACUAGCCACCAAGCAGUUGUUCAUGUUACUACAAAUUACACUGUGUGUGACCGUGCUGUUUGUGAUUGUUAUUGCUGUAAUUGAUGUUGCAUGGUGCUUGCUUUUCUCAUCUGUAGGUACACAUUUGACUACAUUUCUGCGUUUGAAUGUUCAUUCAUUACUAUUGUGUUCACGAUUACUGUAGCUUUAAGUUUCGAUUAUGCUGACGGGUGUGACUCCAACCUGGAAUGAUUCGUGAUGCUCAGUGUCACCCUGUAAUCCUAAAUAAAUUUAUUGAAAUUCAUUAUUUUUAAAUAGGUAAUUGCAUAGUUUUUUCCUUUUUCUUGCGCAUACUGUGUUCCAAAAUUGUCAAAUUUGAGGACUGUUGUGGUCAAGAAACAAAAUAAAACCAGUUUUAAUCAACAUAGGUGCUUUCCUCGCAGUCUAGAAGCUGCCCAAUUUAUAUCUUUCGUUGCUCAAUACAAUUCUCCGAGAAGAUUUACAAUAGUCCAAAUGCAUGAAAAAGCUAGUCGAUGACGAUUCAAAUUGAUGGGUUUUAUCAGGGUCCAAUAAUAUUGCAAGAUAUUGAAGUUGUACAAAAAUUUUCAGUUUUCACUGUUAACUGCAAAUGGUCCUGGCAGCACUGCUCGAUCAGAAAUCAAUCAGACUAAUAGCAAUAACUUCAGUUGUACGUAUAAUGCUUAUAACUGUAGGUGUUAAAAUGAAAGAUGAGAGUCCCAAUUACAAGUCUUAAUUGAUUUUGCGAGAAAAUCUUGCCUAGAAAACAAAAGCUAUUGUUGUUGAAAAACCACUUAAUCCACCUUGUAGUGAGAUGAGACAUUUUUACAUAUAUCACUGUUGGAUCAUUUAUUAGUUUGCAGAACUUAUGCGAAGUGGACACCCUAUUAUAAGUGGAAUGAAUAAAGCUUGGUGGAGCCCGGCACGAAUAAUACCACGAAAAAACUAAUUAAAAUAAUAGAAAAUCAAUGACAUAAAAGAAAUUCAAAAAAUAAAGCGAAAUUUUUUUUAAAGGAUGUUAUUAAGUUCAUGAAAUGAGCAGAAUGAUUUAUAUAAAUUAAAUAAGGUUAGCUAAUUAAAUGAAAAAUUUGGCAAUAUUUAAAAAAUAGUAGAACACUCGCAAAUUGGAUGAAAUAAGUAGAAGGAAUGAUUGAGCAUAAAAUGAAUAGAAUAAAUAAAUUAUAAAGAUUAAUAAAACGAAUAAAAUGAAUAAAAUAUAUAAAAUGAAUCAAAUAAAAUGAAUCGAUAGGUAAAUUGGGAGGAAUUGGAGGCUGCAGCGGUAAUCACGAUACUAUUGGGAAUAUGUGAUGACAUCAUCACAGUUCCUCGAUGGCGGAGUGGUUAACGCACACAACUAGAGACUGAGAGAUCUCAGGUUCGAUUCCUGCUUGAGGACAUACCUUUUCUCGGUGUUUCCAAUAAAAAGGUGAAUUUCUCUGGCUGUUUUCCAUUGGACAUGUUCAUAAAAAUCCUUAAGAAAAAAAAACAAAGACCCGCGGCAAAACAAGGAAUGAAUAGAAUUAAUAGGAUGAAUAAAUUGAACAAAAAUAAAACGAAUAAAAUUAAUAACACGAAAUAAUUGAAUAUAACAAAUAAAAUGAACAAAAUAAAUAAAUUGAAUAAAAUGAAUAGUAUGAAUAAAAUG